AUGGGAAUAGGAGACUUUCAGACAAUAUGCAGCAAAAACCUCUUGCCAGUAUGUUCCUUGAUUGGACCUCCAUCUCCAAUCACCGGAGGCCCAACAGGCAUACAGCCAUCGUGCUAUGCCCGGAGCGUUGAAUUUGCAAACACUGUGAUAUUCGAGGCCGCGACGGAUUUUGCACAUAUCCUGGCCUUGGGCAUGGCAGUCAUAAUGGUACUUCAUGUCAGGUCGAAGUUUACAGCCGUUGGUCGGAAAGAGAUCGCGACGUUCUUCUAUCUCUACAUGGCUCUCACCAUGACGUCUUUGAUUCUCGACUCGGGUGUUUCACCUCCCGGCUCUGCCUCCUUCCCAUACUUGGUCGCGAUCCAGAAUGGGUUCACCUCAGCCUUGUGUACUUGCCUGUUUAUCAACGGCUUUGUCGGCUUCCAGCUGUAUGAGGAUGGCACAAGACAAUCAGUAUGGCUCAUCAGGGGCUGCUCCGUUGUGAUGUUUAUAGUCUCCGGAGCUGUGUCGAUCUUCACGUUCAAGGGCAAGGCUGGCCUAGGACCACAAAAGACCGUUGGGUUAUUCGUCGUACUGUACUUGCUCAACGGCAUUGCACUACUCGUAUACGUUGUGAGCCAGGUUAUUCUCGUUGCGAACACCUUGCAAGACCGUUGGCCGCUAGGUGACAUUGCUUUCGGAGUUUUCUUUUUUGUGGUUGGCCAAGUGAUACUUUACGUCUUCAGCGAUACCAUUUGCGCCGGCGUGCAGCAUUAUCUGGAUGGGUUGUUCUUCGCUACAAUGUGCAAUCUAUUGGCUGUCAUGAUGGUGUACAAGUAUUGGGAUUCGAUCACCAAGGAAGAUCUUGAAUUCAGCGUAGGUACGAAGCAAGGCAACUGGGAGGUCAAAGAGCUGUUGACGGAAGACGACCGGCGAGGGACUGUCUAUCACGAUAAUAAUUCCGAGAAGCGCAAGGGCGAAGGGGAGGAAGACUACGGUGAAGAUGACGAAGAUAUUGCGGCGGAAAAUUUGUCGAGGAGGAAGAGCAUGAGAAGGCAGACAUCCGCCCUCGAAGAUGCUUAUCCUAUGACACAUCAGUCCCGUCAUUCACUUACGUCAAAUUCCAUUUCAUCCCCGUCAACGUUGGACCCAUACGGUCAGACUCAGAAUGGUCCCUACCGAAUGCAAGCCUAUGAUCAGUCCCAUCGGAGCCCUGAGUUCGAGACUUCCCAGGAACAAGAAGUUGUCAAUCCGGCUGCCGGUACACUUCUCCAGGAACCCAUAAAUCAAUCAUCAGAUGCUUUCAGUCUCUUAAUCCAGGCUUCGAAUCGAAUCCAGCCGUACCAGGAUAGUGACGCUCAUGCAAAGAUCAAGUCUGAACAGCAUAACACCCAGCAGAUUGACUCCGAAAGACAACUUCCAUAUGGUCCGGCGACAAUUGAAGCAGAUUCGCAAUAUGGUGUACGGAAUGAUUUGAGUAACCUUGACCCUGCCAUUACGGGUCAUGGCAAUGAAGCAUCUACAUCUACCCGCAAAGCACUUUCGAUCUGGUCAAGGCUUCGCUUCGUUCGAGCUGGCUGGUUCACAGCUAAGGAAGCUAUGGCAUACGUUAACUAUUAUUAUCAUUUCUUGGCCCCCCUGACACCAGUAACCCACCCAGAUCUUAGCAACGUUGAUGCUCAUCCGGAAUUACUGAGCGAAGAACCCAUGCUCACGGUCACUAUCUUGACUAUAGCUUCACGCUAUAUGAAAGUGCAGGGGCCAGGUAGCCAGACCCGCUCGCUUAUGAUUCAUGAGAGGCUCUGGCAUUACCUUCAAGACAUGACGACCCGCAUGUUCUGGGCUCAGGAGCAAUUUGGUGGAGGCUUCUGUGGUGCUGGCGCAAGUGGCGAGAGCUCGAGUAGCGCCGAGAGGGGUAAAUUGCGGACUCUCGGAUCCAUUGAAAGUCUUCUACUCUUGAGCGACUUUCAUCCUCGUUCAAUGCACUUUCCACCUAAUGACGACGACGAAGAUGUUCUCGCGCCAGAUGAGGCGAAGCUGAAAGGUUUGUGGUCCGUGGAGAACGAUACAGAAGCACGCGGUAGCGAAUCGACUUUUGCUGGAUGGACCGAGCCAGCUGUACGCUCAGACCGAAUGAGUUGGAGCUUGAUCGGCUUUGCUCACGCAUUGGCCUACGAACUAGGGCUAUUCGGCACAUACGUUGACGGCGACAUUUCAGUCAAAGGUCAGGUCAAGCGUCAAGGAGGCUCACAUUUAGAUCACAAACGAGCUGAUAGGAUAGAGCGUUUGCUCUUCAUUUACGUGACUCAGGCAUGCGGGCGAUUCGGGUUCCCCAGUAUCUACCCUGACCACUUGACAAACCAGAACGUAGGGAAAGUCAGAAAUGAGUUUCUGACGGAAGUAUCGCACAUACACCAGAACACAGAGGACCUGAUCCAGGAACACUUCGUCGAGGUCAUGUCAUUGAACAAAUAUUGCAACGACCUCCUUUUUCCCUCAAAACAGCAUACUGCCCAUCUCAUUCACACAGGAGAAUACCACAAGCAUUUGAAUGAACUCAAACCAAUUUUCGACCAGUGGCACAUUCGACUGAAUCAGUCCAAAGUGCCAAAGUACGCUAAAAUUCUGCUCUCUAUCGAAGUGCAGUAUUUCCGCACUUUUGCAAAUGGUUUGGCUCUCCAAGCCAAGAUUGAGCAAUAUGUAGCUGGGAAAGCCACCGGCGACAGUCAUAUCGCUGGUCCACAGUCACCAGAGUCAUCGACCUCGUCAGACUUCUCCAACUUCAGCACUCAGAAUGAACGUUAUAUUCGAGAAGUUAUCGAGGCUUCUCGGCAAGUACUCUUACACGUGGUCGACGAUCUCCUUCCAAACGACAACCUCAAGCACGUCCCCGUGCGCGCUUAUUUCAGGAUCGUGUCGGCAGCCAUGUUCCUUCUCAAGACAUUCGCCGCUGGAGCAAGACGGGCUGAGAUAGACGCAUCUCUCGGUCUGCUCGACAGGACCGUUAGGGCUCUUCGUACCAGUGUCGUAGAUGACGUGCAUCUCUGUCUUCGCAUCGCUGACCUCCUCGAAAAGCUGACUACAAACAUUCGUCGGCAGUUCAUCCGCUGGAGACCAGAGCAUGCAAGCAAUCAACCAUCUGUAAAUACCAACCAAGCAGUGUUUUUGACGCAUCACAAAGCGGGCCCCUCAGAACGACAACAGCCCAUCCGUUUCGUCCGCCAAACCCCUCAACAAACUCACGUCAACAACUCACCAGGGCCUGCCUACCUAGGCGCUCCGGACCCAAAUUUGACCGUCAUCCCGCCUCCGCGCGGCAUUUACAAUCAGAAUCCAAUGUCUUAUCUCUCCAGCCCCGCCGCUACCUAUGCGAGCUCUCAGCAAUCGCCUUACACCAUGCAACAGCCUAGUCAACCUCACCAAUCCCAUCACCGACAACAAUCUCAGCAAUCCCCUACGUUCCCCAACCCCAUGAGCGCCAAUGCAAGCCCUGAAGUCCCGAACUUCAACUUCGCCCCAGACGACGACUGGUUGAACCUCAACCUCCAGCCCCUGAUUGAUAACAAUGGCGGAGAUGUGAGUAUGGGGCAGAACGACAACUGGUACGGCAACCCCUUCGGACCCGAAACGCACAAUAACCUUGAAGUCCUGGAUAAACUCAUGAAUAAUGGGUGGCCUGACCAGCAGGAACAGGGUGGUAGCGGAUGGUCUGAUCAGCAAGGGCAAGAUGGCCCAGGGACGGUCUGA